AAGCAGCCUAGUGUUGGAUAAAAAUAUUCAUCGCUUCAUCAGAUGAAAAUAGCUGUGAGAAUUAAAAAAUAUAUAAAGGAUAAUAAAUACAGGAAAAACUCUACCGGCUCCAAUUUUUUUGUUACGGUGCAUUUUUGUACCUGAGACCAAUAUUCACAACAGUUUCAACAUCCUGUACGGACGCACAUGGCACGUUGACGGUACACGUAUCCAAUAGCAGAAUUGGAACCCAAACCUUUGCAGUGUUUCGUUUACUUAGGAAGUGACACGGGGACCUAUGGCAUAAACACCGGUGCUAUAAAUAUCUGAAAAUGGGUACAAAGUAGUGAGCCAACCACAACCAACGCAAGGCAGCGCACAAUAUAGGGCAGUACAGUGCAUGCUACAAUAUUGAUUCCAUUCCAGUUCACUUUUAAGUAUUCUCAGUCGAGCAUGGAAGUAUGCCGUUGGCUUUCAACAAAGUACUUGAACAAAUGACCAGCUGUUGCAUAAACUGUAGUGUUCCUGCGCACUUGAUGCUGCUAUUAAAGUGUUUUCCUGCACAGUAAUGAAAUAGGCCUAGUUCGCAAUAAGUCAUGGCGCAAAACCUGCCCCCUGGUAAAACUAUGGUUUCCACACAUUUGAGCGGAGAUCUUAUUAUACGAAGGGUUCACAGCGGCACAGAGAGCGGCGACAUUAGCAAGAUGCGUCGUCGACGUCUGCGGUCGAUCGACAACACCCCCUUUGAACAUCAGCUACGGGAAGAGAAACUUACCAAACAGAAGAGCGCCCUCAGAGAAGACUUCUCGCGACUCCACGACAAAGUCCAAAAACUGAAGGCAGUUCUGGCGCAACGGGGGAAAUCGUACCGCGUAGGCGAUGGGGAGACAAGGCAAGCUGUUCCCGCAAGAAAGCACAGUAGAGACACUGGGAGCGCCCAGGUACACGACAACUUGGACGCGGCAUUGGAUUCCUUGACCCAUUUUUUCCUAGUGAGUUUGGCAACGCUACUUGCACUUUGGCUGGCCGUGAAUCUCUUCAGAGGAGUGGCCGUCUAUCUUUUGCCGGAGCUGUUCCUGGAGUGCGCCGUCGUGGAACCGGCUCCGCUAACGCUCGCUGACGCAGGAACGGAAGUGUCGCAUUUGCAGGCGCGGACGACCUUGGCAUGGCAGCUGCUCUUCGGGCGUCACCCGUGUCAGCCUGUCUAUCUACCCUGCGGGGAGCACCAUCAAGUUCAGUGAGUGGUUUGGCACCUGACUAUGUUCAUAUCAGUCAUUUUUGUCUGAGCGCAAACUCUAUACUUCUGAUGCAAGGUGAUGAUCAACUGUCGUCAUAUGCAAACUACCUCAGUUAUAAUUAUCAUCUAGAACUUGCUCGCUUAUACGAGUGUUCGAUUUUUCUGAACGAGACACAUAAAGGAUAUUUACAUCUCGGAUCUUGUCCUAUAGUUUGACUACAGCCAGAUGAAGAACUUCAUUAUGCUUAGUCUCUCUGUUUCGCCCCAAAGUCAGUUUGUAUUAGCCAAUAUUUGUAUUAGCUGUAUCUCUCUGAAACCACUUACCGUCAUCAUGACAAGAUAUCAGCAGCCUUCCACAUACGGCACUGAAUGAACUUGUCCAAAACUUGGCCUAUUCCUGAACCCUAAAAUGCCAUUUGAAUAAAAGGAAAUGCGUGGCGGAGCUAUUCGGUAAGAGCCAUAUCUUACCGAUACCGCCAUCUUGAAGAAGUGCACUUGAGGCACCAGGCGCUAUAAGACAAAAUUUGACUGAAGCAACGGCUUUACGCAACGCAGAGAUGUGUCUUACUGACUUUUUAUGUCAACCCGCAUGCAAUCUAUGCUUUGUACCACCCUGGCAGAAUUCUAUAUAUAAGUAUAAGCGUGGUAAUGGCAGCUCAAAAAGUCUUUCAGAAUUGGUAAAUAACCAAAUAAACCCAAAUUGCUGUCUUUCAAGAAA